UGUCUGGCUUCUUUCCCUUGUCAUGUUUCCAGGGUUCCUCCACGAUGUGGCAUGCAUCAGUACCUCGUUCUUUUCUGUUGUUAAGUAAUAUUCCAUUGUGUGGACAGACUACAUCUUCUUCGCGUGUUUAUGUUGGGAAGGGAAAGGUAAAGAGGAGGGGACAAAAGACUUCUUCCUCCGGAUUUAAAAUGGAGAGAAUGGGCAACUGCCGCGAAAAACCACCCUCCCAGGCUCUCUUGAGGAGCGGCAGCGAAAGGCGUGGGGAGAUAGGAUGCGUGGCAUCUGCCUCCCGGGUUGUUCGUGGCAGAGCAGCGGCUCAUCUGACCUGGACACGUGCGGCAUUCAGGGAGCUCAUUGUAUAAAUCCUGUGUGUUGGCCGGUGCCGCUGUUCCCCACAAUACCUCCCGUGGAACCGGAGCGGCCGUCGCUGAUCUGAUCUGGGUACAUUUCCCUUGGUUGCCGCAGCCCUGGGUCCCCAGAGAGCCCUCUCUAAAGAGCUGCCGGUUUGUUGCGUGCUGGCAACAAGAUUAUUUCUGACCAUACGAGUUAUUCAGUGGAGAGAACACCCAUCUUUCAGGCCCUGAUCUGUUGGCCAGAAAUACUAGCAACUGCCCCUUCCUAUUUGUCCUUCUGAGCGUCCCGUUUGGAGGGCUCCUCUUGCAAGCAAACGAUGUGCCCUUGCAGGUGCCAGGUGACUUGACUGUUGCCCCGUUGCUUUCUUUUGCUCUCUUUCCUGGUUUAAUGUCCAAGGGACAGAGAGUCCUGACCUUCAUAAAAUGAACAAUCUGGACCAGGACUGCAAGUCCCCACACCUUCUAGUUUGUGUUCCAGAACGGUUGUGGCUGACUUUCUGCUGGGCCUGAACUUUCAGUCUAGUUGAGAGAAUGAAUUGUAAUCGCGUGUCGCAGUGUCCCGGCUCUUCGGUGGCACACGUCUGCCACAAUGCCGAGACAGGAAUGCGGGUGGGGGCAUCUGCUUGGCCCUCGGGGCCCCCUUGAAUGUGAGGGCUGGAUGUCUUCCCGUCGCCCUGGUUCUGUGGAUGGGAAAACCGAGUGUAGGUCAGAGGGCUACCCAAAGCUGCAGUCGUAUGUUCUCAGAGCUCUUGCUAGUGGCAGAGCUGGGUCUCUGGGCUGGAGCCUUUGUUGCCAGUUCAGUGCUUUUCCCCAAGUGUGCUCUGUCUCCUGAUGGACGUGUGCUGUCGUGACUAAGGAGUGGCCUAGCCCUGCUCCAGUCCAUCGGCAACGCGGGCUUUGGGGUGUGCGUGUGCCGGUUGGACAGACUGGGCUCGUGAGGAUGAAAAUUUGUAAGCGGGGAGGGAGCCAGAGCACUGGUUUCUGGGUUUGGUGCCACUGGCUGAUGGAACCCAGCCCCUUCUGGCCUUCCCCAGUGCUUGGUUUUCAGUGAGAAUUCAUGUUUUCGAUUAAAAGAGUGUCAUUCUUCGAGCGCCCCGUGCCUCUUUGCUAAAAAAUGUAUGUGCGCUGCAUCAGCGCUACAAGCAGUGAUCUCGCGGUGCCUGUCUGAAAUUGUGUGCUCAUGGCUGCUCCACGCUCGAUGCAAUUCGUUCCUGGUGUAGUGUGAAGAGAAAAGACCACGAUACUUCUCCCCCAGCGCAUGGCCCCACUCCCCGUCCCCUCACUCUUGGUGCACAGAGCUCCAGAAUGCACCCCGUUUUCCAGCGCCCCGCCAGCCUCCAUGGUCCCGAUAGAUUUCUUCAACGUGACCCUCACUGCUGGGAUCAGACUCAAAAGCAACCCUUUCACGGCGGAACACAAGCCGGGCGGUCCUGCCCUUUCUCCUCAUCACGUCCUUUCCGUCCUGGUCCUGCCCUCCCCACGGCGUGAACUCCUUCGCGGGGAGAGGUUGUGGCCUUCACUCACUCUCUUCCCCUGGCACCCAGCACAUUGCUCAGUAGAUGGUCAUGAAGUAAUCCUUGGCUUUUUCCUGCUGUUUACCAGUCUCCGAUCUGAGGGGUAAGGUGCAGGGAUGCUAAUACACUUGUCAGCUGGUGGUGUUUUUUCUUCAGACAAGUUGUGUUAUAGUCCUCGAGAAUAAUUCAUAGUGACAGCUACUGUUUAUUGAAUGCUUCCUGUGCUAAGUACAUGCACACACACACACACACACACACACACACACCCCUCAGUUCCCCAUCAUUCUCAGCAGCCUUCCCUUUGAGGAAAGCGUGGAAGCCAUAUUUGACAGAUAAAGAAACCGAGCUUUGGAGAGAUUUAGGAGAGUUCCACAGAGCUGGAAAGUAGUGGAACAGGUAUUUAAACCCAGGCCUGCCUGACACUGAAGCCUGUGUUUUUAAUAACCACGCAGAACCUCCUUGAGUAGUUAAUUUGCUGAACAUUCCUGUAAAAGAGGGCUGAGUCACUUCUGUUCCCUGGGAUUUAUAAAUGAGACCUCUGUGCUAGCAAAGGGCAUUCGUAGCAUAGUUUGGAUUAAGUUUAGCUUUGGGAUUGUAGAGCAGAAACAAAGGGGAGACAUAAGGAGCCUCUGCAACUUCCUGAAGCUGAUUUGCUUUGGCUCCAGGUUGAGGGAUCUUCACCCUUUGGGUCAGGUCAUUACUAGUCUACGCAGUUCCUGAGGGAUGGGUCUGCCCAGCCAUUCCGGGUUAUUUUGGAUGGGCCUUGGCCUGGUUCCUGGGGCCUCAAUGAGGCCGGCUCACGUUUGUCCCUGGACUGACUUCAAGGGCCUCCCGUUUCCAUCCUUCAGUAGGAGGCUUUCUCUUUGAUUUUACUUUGGUGAACGUUCCCGUCCCCCAUGUCAGUUACUGGGACUUAAAAUUGAGUUGUUGAGUUGUGGCUGUAGGUAACGACACAGGGAAUGCGGUUUUCAUUGGCUUUUCAGUGACCAGUCCUGUGGAGUCCUCAUAGCAUAUUGGGGAUAGGGGUUGGCUCUCUGAUUCUCUGCUCAGAGCUGAAGUAUUUUGUGUAUUGCCUUGAAAUGGGAGAGAAGUUUCUGUGGAAUCAAGACUUGUCAGGGUCAUAAGAUUUUGAGGAGAUAGGCCCUUCCUGUGCUCUCCCCUGGGGGAAAGAACGUAGCCAGGAUUGAAGGGCAUUGCCUCAACCAAUUCAGUUAAGUGGCCCCGUCCUGGAUUAAUAACUUGGGCAGACUUCCCAAUGGAUUUGGCAAGGUAUUGGGUUUCUCUCUCCCCCAACCCUCCCUUCUCUCUGCCUUGCGCAUGUGUGCUGACAUAAUUACGGAGUGGUUGCGUCUCACAAUAAGAUACCCUUUUUAAAAAGGAAGGGCCUCCUCUUAAAGAGGAUGGAGAGAAAUUCAGGGGAAGGGAUGAGGUUGUGUAGUCUUGUCAUGUUUUCGGAAUGGCAGACUUUGAGAAAAAUGGUAGCAGAGAGGCCAACAGGCUGGUUCCUGUCGCCGUAAGGGCAAGGGGGCAGGCAGGAUGGUGGCGGUGUUGAUUUCAAGCACCUAGAGCAGAAGCGUUCCUUCCUAAUUUGGGGCCAGAGCGAUAUUGAACUGCCUCUUUGCAUUUGCUCGCUCCUCUAGAUUGUAUUACUAGGAAUCUGGUCAUUAAAGAACAAGCGCUGUCUUGUUCAUGAAGGUCAGAGGUUACAGUCUUCUGAGUUUGGUGGUCAAGUGUUCAGAAAUAUUUUACAGAUUUAGUUGAAAACCUGAGCAGAUGCUCCCGCUCUCGUUUCCCCGUGGGGAUCGGGUGACAUUCCUCCCCCUUUCCUCUUCCCCACCCCUUUGGGAGCCGACCAAUCACAGCGAGGAGUGGAUUUCAGUGCCUCUCUGGCCUCCUCCCAUAGGAGUCUGCCCAGCCCAGGCUCUCUGGAGCCUUGGCCCUGGCCAAGGGCUUAACUCUUGGGUGUCUAAACCAUAGGGAGCUGCUGACCUUGCAGUUAGCUGGUUCUCUAGUUCACGUCGACCCUCUGAGCCCAUUUAACGUUAAGCCAAGCUUGCUGUGUCCCCAUGGGAAUGUUCCUAACGAGGCAAGGUGCGAUGCAUCCAGCUUGCAAAAGCUGAUUUUAAGCCUUAGUUCUGCCAGUAACCAGCCGUGUAACCUUGGGAAAGUUCCUUUCCCUACUUGGACUUGAGUCCCUUUCUGCUAAGUUAGACGGAAAGGAAAGGGAGAGGACGGACAUUUGUGACAUAUGCCAGCCGCCGGCGUUUUGCAUAUGGCUAGCCUGAGGUUUGAGGACAAACAACCUGUAUUGCGUGCUUCUUGUGAAGCAGUUUGCUUUCUACAGUUUGCCUUCUGCAGGGCACACACCAUUCAUCCGAUUUUAGAGAGGAGAAGAGAGGAGGUUAGGGAGGCUGUCCGACUUGCCCAAGGUCAAAGUUGGGAAGGCCCAUCUGGCUCCAAUGCCCAGGCUUUCUUCUGUUCCACUGGGCUGGCUAAAAAAGCCUGAGAAUUCCUUCCAGCAUUUUUAUUCUCAUGCUCUGGAAGCUUUAACUCCUUAGUGGCUUUUAGCCCUGCCCUGUAGAAGACCAAACACUGCUAUCUUCCGGUUCACAGCCGUGUCUCUAGAGAAGGGUAACCAGGAGCCGACAACAACUCCUGACGCAAUGGUUCAGCCUUUUACUACCAUCCCGUUUCCGCCACCUCCCCAGAAUGGAAUUCCCACAGAAUACGGAGUGCCACACACUCAGGACUAUGCCGGCCAGACCAGUGAGCAUAACCUGACGCUGUACGGGAGCACGCAAGCCCACGGGGAGCAGAGCAGCAGCUCCCCCAGCACACAGAAUGGAUCUCUCACGACAGAAGGGGGCGCACAGACAGACGGCCAGCAGUCACAGACACAAAGUAGUGAGAACUCAGAGAGCAAAUCUACCCCGAAACGGCUGCAUGUCUCUAAUAUUCCCUUCCGCUUCCGGGACCCUGACCUCCGACAGAUGUUUGGGCAGUUUGGCAAAAUCCUAGAUGUAGAAAUAAUCUUUAAUGAACGUGGUUCUAAGGGAUUCGGGUUCGUAACUUUCGAGAAUAGUGCUGAUGCAGACAGGGCCAGGGAGAAAUUACACGGCACCGUGGUAGAGGGCCGUAAAAUCGAGGUGAAUAAUGCUACAGCACGCGUAAUGACCAAUAAGAAGAUGGUCACACCAUAUGCAAAUGGUUGGAAAUUAAGCCCCGUGGUGGGAGCUGUAUAUGGCCCUGAGUUAUAUGCAGCCUCCAGCUUUCAAGCAGACGUGUCCUUAGGCAAUGAUGCAGCAGUGCCCCUAUCAGGAAGAGGGAGUAUUAACACUUACAUUCCUUUAAUCAGUCUCCCUUUAGUUCCUGGCUUCCCUUACCCGACUGCAGCCACCACGGCGGCCGCCUUCAGAGGAGCCCAUCUGAGGGGCAGAGGGCGGACGGUCUAUGGGGCAGUCCGAGCGGUACCUCCGACAGCCAUUCCCGCCUAUCCAGGUGUGGUUUACCAGGACGGAUUUUACGGUGCUGACCUCUAUAUAGAGUCUGCAAACUGCUUCAGAUCCAACAGGGCGGAUACGCAGCCUACAGAUAUGCACAGCCGGCUACCGCGACCGCGGCCACAGCCGCUGCCGCCGCCGCCGCAGCUUACAGCGACGGUUACGGCCGAGUAUACACAGCCGACCCCUACCACGCCCUGGCCCCUGCCGCUAGCUAUGGAGUUGGCGCUGUGGCGAGUUUAUACCGAGGUGGCUACAGCCGAUUUGCCCCCUACUGAAGUGACGUGAGACCCCGCAAAUGGGACAGCCCCCCAGUUCAUGAGGCCUGGCUAUUGCAAUAUUUACUAGUAGAGGAACUCUAUAGCAAGAUGAAGAGGAAAAACAAACAAACAAAAAAAAAAAACACAAAAAAAGAGAGAAUACUUUUUUAUACCUCACUAUGUUCUUUGAAUAUGUAUUUUUCCUUUAAAUUUCUGCCUUUAAUUCUUUUGUUCCAAAGAUUGUGCAUUUUUUUCUUUUUUUUUUCUUUUUUUUUUUUUUAACUGUGGUAAAAAAAAAAAAAAAAUAAUGCAUUUCCAUGUCUGUAUGUCCGUGCUAGCUCAUUCUGUCAAUCACGGAAGAGGCAGUUCAUGAGGAAGGAGAGACCUUAGGAGCUGAUGAAUGCAUGUGAUCAGAAAUCAGCAGGCAGAGUUACCAAAGUGUAUCCGGUGCUGAGUGGCUGGGGGACAAGCAGAAGUGGAGAUCUUUCUGCGACAGGAUAUUCUUCUAGUCUUCUGAGUUUCUGGUCUUCGGCAGGCAAUUCUGGUUGGCUGUGGCUGGAAUCCACGUGCUGAUAGGUGACAGGAAUUUGUGCUUGCAAAGCGGGAGAAUUAAAAGCCACUGUCCUCUCCUCUUCCCUCCUGCCUUCUCCAUCCUUUUUACAAUCAUCUUACCUGCACAGCCUGAGACGGUUGGCAUAGUUUUUGGAAUUAUAGUAUUAAUAUUUCCAAACACGCUCUCAGACUGUGGAUAAUAAACACCUCAUUAGGAAACCGAUCUCAGAAUGAACUCCGGAGUGUGAAAAAGAUCAGUCUUUUUCUUUCUUGAGAUCCUAGCAUUCCUGCUGGGCCUCUUCUCCUUCCUCUGAACCACGGCUUGGCUCAUCUGUCCUUUUAUGAACUCCCUGCUCCCACGUCCUCAAGAGUCAGGAAUUUAGGACCCAGGGACAGGAGAAUAAAUAGCCAGCGACCAGAUUUCCCGGCUUGAGGGUUAGAAGUACAGAGUGUUGGGAGUCAGUAAAAGACAGUAAGGAAAAGAAAAGGGAUAUCGGAGGGUGUCUGGCAGGGCUCUGAUAUUCCUGUCCUUUCUCUUACAUCAGGAGGGCAGUACAAGGUGUAAAACGUAUGAAAACCGUUAGCAAAAGAUCAAGCAUCGAGUGCCGGGUCCGCUGUCCCUGGAAGCUUGCGGUGACCGGGGCACGGAAGGGCAGGCAGGGGCGCUCUGUACUGGCUCCAAAGCCAUAGGAAUCCCCAGCUCCCGGGGCCUCUGCGAGCCACUUCUCUGUCCACAGUCUUGAGCUCUCGUGGCCCUUCCGCCCGGCUUCUCGUCAUCCUCCAAAGACGCCAGCCGAGCACCCGCCCACUUGGCGUAUACACCAACACUACAGGAUAUCAAAUCCGAGCCCCUGAGGUUGCUCCCCUCCCAUCCUGGAAGGAGAGUCUGACAUGGCAAGGAUCUUCUGUGUUGCCAGGAAGAGUCAUGUGGUGGCCGCAGCAGUGGGUCACUGCCGCGGCCCUGCGGCUUUGAUGUUACAUGUAUAAGCAAGGUAGGGGAGAGGCGUUUCUCUUCUAGCUGGUAAUGGUAGAGGCCAGGGUCCUGCCGCAUUUCCAAAAUGAAGGCCUGAGAAAAUAGAAAAGCACGUUCUGUUUGGCUCCCUGGUCUAUUCACGUUGGUACUAGGGUGACCUCUCACCCAAGGGAUAGCUGCUCAAGGGAGUAAUUCAGAGACAUGGAGCUUCCGGUUUGGUAUGGGUUUAUUUUCCGUUUGUGUUUUUGUUUUUGUUUUUGUUUUUUUACUCCUGCCUCCACACAUGUUCUUGACUGAUGACUAUUCGUGUCCCUGAAUUAAAAUGACUGACACAUGGCAGCAUGAAGCAUCCUUUGUAAGCAGAGUGAUCUGUCCGGGAGGGACUGGCCUGUCGUGUAAAGCACAACCCUUCUCCCCCCUCGGAAGCCCCGCUCUCCUGAUGACCGGGGGAGAGGCUGUCCCUGAAACGAGGGGAGACGUCAAGGAAGAUAGAGGCCUCGAUGCAAUCUUAACUGAUUCUGGGGAGGACUGCAUGGAACAGGGGACACCAAACUGCCCGGGCCGUUGGCCACUUUGAAGGGUUCUCCUCCCCAAGCCAAAGUUUGGUUCGUUGCCGUUAAGACAAUUUUUGUUGUGUUGUAUAUAAAUAUUUUAGUUAGAGGAAGGGUUCGUGGGAUGCGGGGGCUAUCACAGUUCUAGAGAAUGGGGGCAGGGAGGAUUUUUUUUCCCCCCUUUGCUUUUGGCUUUUGUUUUGAGGGAGAGCUUUUACUGACUAAAGACACAGAGAAACCUCGGGUUGUGUUCAAACAGGGGCCAUUGACAAAAAUGGCAAACCACGGCUCGGUGGAGACCAGGCCAGAUUUGACGUGGUUGUGGCUGUCGCAGGGGAAUGAGCUUAAUCAUUUGCUCUUCUUUUGUCCGAGAGAGAGACCAGGACGGUGGGAAAGGGAGAGAAGGCAGCCCCCACCGCCCUUCGGAAAGAGGCGGAAGCUGGAGCUUGGGGUUCCUUGCGUGCAUUUCAGUUCAGCGGGUUCUGGCUGAGGACUCCGCGGGCAGGCCCUGCGUGCCCUGCUGCGUCUCCAGGGAUGGCUUUGAGCACGGCUUCCUCCAGUCCCUUCUCUAAGGAAGGCCAAGCAGAGUUCGGCUUUCGCCAGAGGGCCUUUGCUUUUUAGCGUCAGCACUGAGACUCGGGGCUCCCGUGAGCACCCGAAGGAGACGGUGUCGGCCUCCCCCUCACCUCUUGAACUUUGAGACUCCGUACAGCCAGCCCCCUCGGAGGCAGGUUCCUCGGAGCACCGAGGCUUGUCUGCUCCCGGCUCUGGUUCCCGUCGCACCGAGCGACCGAGCCGGGAGGGAGUCUGGCGUCUGGGGGUUCGUGGGCGGAUGCCGCUCGAUGAUCCAAAAACCUCACCGAUGCUGAAGGCCAGCACGUGACCGAUUUCCACAGCUUUCCCGUAGCUCCUGGCGUGGACUCCUGUGCUUAGCAUCUUACUCCUAGAGAAGCUGGGCUCCUUUAAGGAGACCCCUAGCGAAAACCGUCCUCUCGGUCUCCCUCUUUCGGCCCAGAGAGCUGCCCGUAGGUCUUUUCUGGAAUCCCUUGUGGUGCGCGGUUCACCGGGUCAGACGUUGUGACUCGGCGUUGUUAAGGCUCUCGGGUUUGCCGGCCUUGCCGCCGCCCCCGGCCUCCGGCAGCCACGAGGUGGGAUGGAGCCGGUGUCACUUGUCCUCGAAAAAGAAGGGCACUGGGGCUCAACUCCUAGUUUAAGAGGGGAGCUAGUGGACGUUAUUCAGUAGAAACCCGGGACAGCAGCUUUUCCUGAAAAGUAGAACCCCUCAGGGGCUGGGCCGCUCUGACUUCAGGUCAUACUUUCCUAGCCGUGCAGCGGAGCAGUGGGUGAGUCAACACCCCCCGUUAGUUUCCCGAUGGGAGGGAGGUGUAGACUCGGGAUGGAAGCCACCUCGAGGACCUGCAGGAAGGCCUUGAUCACCCCCCUUUCCUCGGGCAGGCGCGCGAGGCCACGCCAGGGUCCAUCUGGAAGGCACGCCGGCCGGGAGCCCGGCGUCCAGCCCCCUCUGCUGCUUGCGGCCUCUAGGACAGUAACAUUUGCAGAAUUGCAGACUUUUUUCCCCCAGUUGAUAGGAAGAAAGGGACUUUGGGGGGUGGGGGUUGGGGAAGGGGUAGUGGUGUUUUAAAAAGCAUAAGUUACCUGUUUGCACUGUUAUAAGAUAGGAAAAAAAAAUAGUGGGCAAGGUGAACAUCAGACGUAAAUUUGCGUGUUUUUAUUUUGUCAUGCUCUUGAAGAUGUCUGACCAUUUGUAGGUAUACACCAGUGAAACUUGAUUCUCUGUUGCAUCAAACACUUUUUUUUUUUUUUUUUGGCAAUGUUACUGUCCACAAACCUCUUCUCCCCUCCCUUUCCCUGUUCCUGUGUACUUCUUCAUACUUGCUUUACUGAUCAACCAGGCAAUAGCCAUCCAAGAGCUAGAGCGUGAAGCAGGGCCCUCUCCAAGUAGGCUCCGGGUGUCCUAAGCCAGCACGUGCCCUCUGGUUUAGUGAGUGCAGUCGAGUCCCUGGCACCCGUCUUGAAAACAAGGCUUCCAGACCAGACUCCAGCAAGUUCUCGAAUUCCUGAAUCCGAUGGACCAGGAGCGAGGAGCUGAGCGUGGAGGGGACCCCUCGGGUACCGAAGUUGGCUGUAGUAGCUGAGUUCUUCUCCACGUUACCGGAACUGUAGCCAGUUACAGUUUACUCAGGAAAACGGUAGAUCAAUUCAGCCAUGGUAGUGCUGGUUGGCAGGGAUUGGUAACUGAGGGAACUGCUCGUCAGCCAAAACGCAAACCUUGCCUUUAAGGAGACUGCCGGCGGGGGGCUGGGGGGGUGGGGGGAGGGCCUUUCCGUGUCCCUUCUGGCUGGUGGUCACACACGCCUGUGUGGGGAAGGCCCGGUCACACUGGCAAGCAAAAAGGGAACAUCAAUUCUCUCUCCUCUCCCCACCCCCUGCCCCAGUCACCGACACCAGAUUCCCAGGGGGUACACGCGGUUUUGAAUUUUUUUUUUUUUUAAGUGACUUUCGGUUUGGUUUUUCUGGGGACUGAUAAGUGCUUUAAGCAAUGUCUCUACCCCGUUGAGACUCCCAGCUUAGCCAUUUUCUUGUAUUUUUCUGUUCACAGUAUUUGUGUGUGUGUGUGUGUGUGUGUGCUCGUUUGGGCUGUAUUAUAUAUCGAGUGAUGAAUUGAUCCUCUUUUUUCCCUAAGGGAUAUGAACUGUUUUUGUUUUUGUUUUUUUUUCUUGUGUUCUAAUUCUGCUUGUGAAUAGCUGGAGCAAACCUGGGGCUGACACACGUAAGCUAGGGCUCAAGUGCUCAGAGAGCCAGCGCAGUUGACUCGUCCCUGACGGGCGACCGACCUGCGUCUCUGAGCCUUUCAGUCCAAAUCUUUGCAAGGCUGAAAACGCCACAGACCCUCUCCUCUCCUCCCCACCCCCCGUGGCAGGGACUGGACCAUCCCGACAUGCAACACGCAGCCUCUCCGGCCCCCUCCCGUUGCCAUGGCAAAACAGGUACCUUUGGGGCACGGGGGCAUCACGUGGGAUGCUUGUAUAAUUGACCACCUCGCCUUCUCUCCCCACCCCCUCACCCCCAGAGUCACUUCCUAGGACACCCGAGCUGCUUGCCCAGGGUCCUGUUUCCCUGCGAACUCCAGAGAAGCACCCCAGGGCUUUGUGACAGUCUCUGACUCCCUCCCCUUCUCGUUAAGAAUCAUAUUGUAUAGUAGCUUUCAGACCAUACAGUAUUCAUUGGGUUACUCCUAUUAUUAUCAAGUAGCUGGAAUUGUGAAGGUCGGAGUAGUUAGAUCUUUAGCUUUUAUUCCUUAUUUUUUUGUAUUACUAUCCAUGUGUAUAAAUUAUUGAUCAUGUUGCUGGCUUUUAUAAACUCUAAGCAAAGGAGGAGCACUGCCUCUGCCUUUGCAAAUGGUAAUGAAGCACUGUUUUUAAAUAAAAGAGAGAAACACCA